CUGAUGAAACCUGCUUAGGUGGAAAUUUCCAACAAUUCAGAUAUAACGAUAAUUUAAAAUGUUGUGAAAAGAAAAUGUAUUAGCUUUUUGAAAUCCUUUCGGUAGCCGUGCUUGAGACUCCAGCGGAAAUGCGUCAAGGGGACUUUUGUUGUAUUUCCGUUAUGGCGGAGCACACAGAGGCAGAAGGCAUUAGCCUGGCCGCUAACAGCAUGGCUCAGCAGCCAGCAAUCCGUUUCCCUGCCACUGCCCCUCCUCCUGCCAACCUCUCCACCCGCAGGCAGCCUUUACUGAGCACCCCUGUGCCUCCCUUUCCUAUGAUGAGGGGUCCUCCACCUCCUGCCCGGCCGCCCUUCGGACGGAUUCCCUUUGACCCCAGUGUGCCCCCUCCCAUGGGUGCUCCUCCUUUACAGAGACCCCCGUUUAUGCCUCCACCUGGAGGAUCCAUGCCGCCUCCACCUGGCAUGAUUUUCCCUCCAGGAAUACCACCUACAGCCUCUCCUGCUCCUGCUCCUCCUUCUACAGAAGAAAUCUGGGUGGAGAAUAAGAGUCCUGAGGGAAAGGUGUAUUAUUACAAUGCACGCACAAGGGAGUCAUCCUGGACGAAGCCUGAAGGAGUGAAGAUGAUCCAUCAGGCUGAGCUGGGUCCAAUGAUGCUGAGCCAGGUAGCGGCGGCAGCAGCCAGCGGAGGUUCCACCGGGCCUGGUCCAUCUGUCAGCAUCCCAGCUCUAGCCAACAGCACUACAACCACACACACCUCCCAGAGCCCCUCCACGGUCAUGAGCUCCACUUCCUCUCCCAGCAUCACAGCAGCCUCACCUCUCAUCCCAACACCUGUGUCAGUCCAUGAUGUCGUGGAGAUGCCUUCAGUUGUAACCACAACCCCCAGUGCCAUGGCAACCCCAAUAGCAGCUGUCAAUCCUCCAACGGUUACGGUCGCCAUGACUACAGGACCGCCACCUCUGCCAGUGGCAUUGCCCCAUGCUGUGCCACAGCCUGCUGCUCCAAUGCCAGGAUUCCCUCCUGUCAUGGUGCCACCCUUCAGAGUGCCCCUGCCUGGCAUGCCCAUUCCACUGCCCGGUGUAGCAAUGAUGCAGAUAGUAAGCUGUCCCUAUGUAAAGACUAUCUCUCCUACCAAAAACGGUAUGCUCCCUGGCAUGGCACCACCCUUGGUACCCAUGAUGCCCCAUCAAAUGGCGAUGGUUGGGCCCUCAGGACUGCCCGGAGCUCUGAGUACAUCUGACUGGACUGAGUUUAAAACCCCAGAGGGAAAAUCCUACUACUACAAUAAAUACACAGGGGAAACCACCUGGGACAAACCAGAAGAACUCAAAGAGACAGAAAAAGAGAGUGAGAAGAUCAAAGAUGCAGCUCUUGACAUGAUUGAUGCUGAAAUCAUGGACAUGCAAGUUGGAAGCCCAAAAAUUGACCCACCAAAAGAGAAGAAAGAGGAGCUGAGAGAGGAAGAGAUGACAGAGGAACAGAAGGCAGCGAAAAAGGCAAAGCCUGUUGCAACCACACCUAUUCCCGGGACGCCAUGGUGUGUGGUGUGGACGGGCGAUGAGCGGGUGUUCUUUUAUAACCCAACCACGCGUCUGUCCAUGUGGGAGCGGCCGGAGGAGCUGGUGGGACGGGUUGAUGUAGAUAAAGCGAUUCAGGAACCUCCCCACAAAAGAGGCCUGGACAACAGCCACAAUCUGGUGCUGGCUAAAGAGGAGCAGGACUUUGCUGUAGCAGAAGACAUACCUGAUGAUGAACCCAGCAAAGCCAAGAGACGAAAGAUCGAGGAGAAGAAGGAGGCCGACUCAGAGAAGGAGGCAGCUAUGGAGGCAGAGCUUAAGGCAGCGCGUGAGAGAGCCGUGGUACCUCAGGAAGCUCGGAUGAAUCAGUUUAAAGACAUGCUGCUUGAGCGAGGGGUCUCUGCGUUCUCUACAUGGGAGAAGGAGCUUCAUAAGAUUGUAUUUGAUCCACGUUAUCUGCUGCUCAAUCCCAAAGAGAGAAAACAGGUGUUUGAUCAGUAUGUGAAGACGCGUGCUGAGGAGGAGAGGAAAGAGAAAAAGAAUAAAAUCAUGCAGGUCAAAGAUGACUUCAGGAAAAUGAUGGAGGAAGCUAAACUGGGUGUCAGAACAACAUUCAGUGAGUUUGCUUCCAAACACGCCAAGGAUUCACGCUUUAAGGCCGUUGAAAAGAUGAAAGACCGAGAAGUAAUUUUUAAUGAAUAUAUGAUGGCCUUCAGAAAGAAGGAGAAAGAGAACUCAAAGAAUCGUGGGGAGAAGGUCAAGCAAGACUUUUUUGAGCUCCUGUCAGAUUACCAUGUGGAUGGUCAGCAGCGCUGGAGCAAAGUGAAGGAAAAGAUGGAGACUGACCCUCGCUACAAGGCUGUGGAAACCUCUGCAGCUCGAGAGGAACUCUUUAAAAACUAUGUGGAUCGUCUUGCCAAGAAUCCAAACUCUGAGAAAGAAAAGGAGCUAGAGAAACAGGCCCGGGUAGAGGCCAGUCUGAGAGAAAGAGAGCGCAUGGUGCAGAGAUUCCGCUCGGAGCAGACCAAAGAGAUUGACCGUGAGAGAGAACAGCACAAGAGGGAGGAGGCCAUCCAGAAUUUGAAAGCACUCUUGUCUGAUAUGGUGAAGACGCCUGAUGCAAACUGGUCGGAGACGCGUCGGAUCCUGAGGAAGGAUCACCGCUGGGAGUCAUCCUCACUGCUGGAGAGGGAUGAGAAAGAGAGGCUUUUUAACGAGCACGUCGAGGUCCUCGCAAAGAAGAAAAAGGAGCAAUUUCGACAACUUCUGGACGAGACGAUCUCGAUCAAUUUGAUGACAUCGUGGAAGGAAGUGAAGAAACUCAUUAAAGAAGAUCCAAGAUGCAUCAAGUUUUCCAGCAGUGACAGAAAAAGACAGAGGGAGUUCGGUGAUUACAUCAAAGACAAGUACAUCACAGCCAAAGCAGACUUCCGAACUCUUCUGAAAGAGACCAAGUUCAUCACCUACAAAUCACGUAAGUUGAUGCAGGAGUCAGAGCAGCACUUGUCUGACAUAGAGCAGAUCUUGCAAAAGGAUAAAAGGUUCCUUGUACUGGACUGUAUGUCAGAAGAGAGGCACAAACUCCUCAUGGCGUAUGUGGAGGAGCUGGACCGCAGGGGACCACCUCCUCCUCCCACUGCCUUUGAACCUGCUCGACGCUCCACUAAAUGAUAACACACACCUCCCAGUUAUUUUUUCCCACUCCUUGGGGGCACACUACCGCCGUUCACAUUAUAGACUCGCAGAAACGGUAAAUCACUCCAGUUCAAAGGUUCUACUUGUCAAACCUUUUAAAGUGAAUGGUACAUACCCACUUGCCCCUAGCUCAUGCCACAGAGAACAUCAUGAGAUAAUGACCAAUCAAUUCAGCUAAGCAUAAGACACAGACUAAGUAUUUGGACCAACUGGAAGGGUUUUUAUAUGAUGCCUUUCUAGGUCCUCUCCACAAGGAGCCACAAUGUUUUCAUGUUCUUACACAAACUCUUUAUCCGUCCAUUCAAGGGAUAAAGCCACAUUAGAUGCUCAAUUGGUGAUUGCAUAGGGAGGUAUGACCACCUGGUGCAUAUCAACCCUUUUUUUUCCUCCAGCCCCCUGCUACAGUCUCAAAUUGCAAACAUCAGUUCCGUUUCACACAUCCAGUCUUUUGCUCCAAACUGUUAAGAAACUGAUUUGCUGAAAUUGGGAGAACCUCCCAAUUUUGUGAACAUUUUUUGGUGACUUUAGUCACCCACAGGGAUAUUCAAGAAUUAUGAAAGCCUCUCUGUGUAUAUGUAAUUUUAACUGACUGUUGGGUUAACAUGUAAGAUGUUUCUAGAUGAAUAUAUAUGGAAAAUAUGUAUUCAUUAGUUUGUUUAGUGUGUUACAACUGACCAGAUGAGCACUGGCAGUUGGCCAUGUCAACUGGUCUUAGUUUAAUUUAAUUGUUCAGAUGUUUCUUAAAAAAAGAUAUUGGUUUUUUGGACUUGCUUUAUGUACAGCUGAUGUUGAAUAAAAGCAUUU